AUGGAGUUGGUUGUAACAUCAACAACACCAGUCAAUGUUUCAACAUCGCCAGCCGCAUCGAGAGACGUGAAUCUAGUAGUGUACUCGGUGCAUCCGGCAACAUGCCGAAAUGAACAGAAGUCAGCGUCACCAAUAGCACCGUUAGAAUUUGGUGGUAACAUCAACAACACCAGUCAAUGUUUCAACAUCGCCAGCCGCAUCGAGAGACGUGAAGCUAGUAGUGUACUCGGUGCAUCCGGAACAUGCCGAAAGAACAGAAGUCAGUGUCACCAAAGCACCGUUAGAAUUGGUGGUAACAUCAACAACACCAGUCAAUGUUUCAACAUCGCCAGCCGCAUCGAGAGACGUGAAUCUAGUAGUGUACUCGGUGCAUCCGGAACAUGCCGCAAGAACAGAAGUCAGUGUCACCAAAGCACCGUUAGAAUUGGUGGUAACAUCAACAACACCAGUCAAUGUUUCAACAUCGCCAGCCGCAUCGAGAGACGUGAAUCUAGUAGUGUACUCGGUGCAUCCGGAACAUGCCGAAAGAACAGAAGUCAGUGUCACCAAAGCACCGUUAGAAUUGGUGGUAACAUCAACAACACCAGUCAAUGUUUCAACAUCGCCAGCCGCAUCGAGAGACGUGAAGCUAGUAGUGUACUCGGUGCAUCCGGAACAUGCCGAAAGAACAGAAGUCAGUGUCACCAAAGCACCGUUAGAAUUGGUGGUAACAUCAACAACACCAGUCAAUGUUUCAACAUCGCCAGCCGCAUCGAGAGACGUGAAUCUAGUAGUGUACUCGGUGCAUCCGGAACAUGCCGAAAGAACAGAAGUCAGUGUCACCAAAGCACCGUUGGAGUUGGUUGUAACAUCAACAACACCAGUCAAUGUUUCAACAUCGCCAGCUGCAUCGAGAGACGUGAAUCUAGUAGUGUACUCGGUGCAUCCAGAACAUGCCGAAAGAACAGAAGUCAGUGUCACCAAAGCACCGUCAGAAUUGGUGGUAACAUCAACAACACCAGUCAAAGUGUCUAA